CCUGCCCUGCCCUGCUAAUCUGGGAAGAAGAAGAAGAAGAAGAAGAAGCAAAAGCCCAUCUCCAUCUCCAUCAUCAUCAUCAUCAUCAUCAUGAGCCAUCAUCCAUAACCAUAACCACCGGGCUGAUGAAAUCUCCCAUCUUCCCCACAGUUUAGGAAUAAUAAAAUGAUAAAUAUCUGCUCUAAGCUACUUUCAGACACAGAAUCCUGCGAAAAAAGCGAACUUUUUUUAAAGGGAAAGAAGAACGAAAGGGGCUAAGUUUGGGAGUUGGGAGCAGUUCACGAGAAGACCCCCACCGCCUCUCUCUCUCUCUAUCUCUCUCUCUCUCUCUCUCUCUCUCUCUGCAGCAGCCAGCCAGCCAGACACCCAACGCAGCAGCAGGACGAGCGAAAAAGAGAGAAAACCCAUUGGAGUUUGGUGGAGAUUUCACGGGCUAGACCACCGGAGACAGCCCUCUAUACCCUUUCUUUUUCUUGCUUCCUCCUCUAUCUCUUUGAAGGCUGAGAGGUUGAAAUUCCGCCAUGUCAUCUCCUUCCAUGGAGGUUCGGUGAGGCUGUCAGGUGGAAAAGCUGAGACCUUGCUCUGAAGUUGGUGGGUGGGUUUGUUUCCUUUGCUUCCCCUUCUUUCCCUUUUCCUUCUCCUUUUGUGGGGUGGGAGGAGGGAGACGGUUCUCUGUGUUAACUGGUGCUGGGAGAGCUCAGAGUUGGAGAUGGAUCGGUCUGCGGUUACGGUUGGUCCGGGGAUGGACAUGCCGAUCAUGCACGACAGCGAUCGGUAUGAGCUUGUUCGGGACAUCGGGUCGGGAAACUUCGGGGUCGCGAGGCUGAUGAGGGACCGGAAGACCUCCGAGCUCGUCGCUGUCAAGUACAUCGAGAGAGGGGACAAGAUAGAUGCAAAUGUGCGGAGGGAAAUUAUAAACCACAGAUCACUAAGGCAUCCCAACAUUGUCCGAUUCAAAGAGGUCACGUUAACCCCAACCCAUCUUGCUAUUGUUAUGGAAUAUGCAUCUGGAGGAGAGCUCUUUGAGCGUAUAUGCAAUGCUGGCCGGUUCAGUGAAGAUGAGGCUCGGUUCUUCUUCCAACAACUAAUCUCAGGAGUCAGUUAUUGUCAUGCAAUGCAAGUGUGUCACCGUGAUUUGAAACUCGAAAACACUUUGUUGGAUGGAAGCCCAGCUCCUCGUCUGAAGAUUUGCGAUUUUGGUUACUCCAAGUCCUCAGUGCUGCACUCACAACCAAAAUCAACGGUCGGAACCCCGGCUUAUAUUGCUCCAGAAGUUUUACUCAGGAAAGAGUACGACGGCAAGGUUGCUGACGUAUGGUCCUGUGGGGUGACUUUAUAUGUCAUGUUAGUGGGGGCUUACCCUUUCGAGGACCCUGAAGAACCUAAGAACUUCCGCAGGACAAUACAGAGAAUACUCAAUGUCCAAUAUUCGAUUCCUGACUACGUUCAUAUAUCUCCUGAGUGCCGCCACUUGAUUUCAAGGAUCUUUGAAGCUGAUCCUGCAAAGAGGAUAACCAUUCCCGAGAUAAAGAGCCACGAGUGGUUCCUGAAGAACCUCCCGACUGAUCUCAUGGACGAUAACGCACAGUUCGAAGAGCCAGAUCAGCCCAUGCAGAGCUUAGACGAGAUCAUGCAGAUAAUUGCUGAGGCCACUGUUCCAGCUCCCGGGUCCCAGAACCUCAACCAGUACCUUGCUGGCACUCUUGACAUGGAUGAUGACAUGGAUGAGGACCUCGAGACUGACCCUGACCUCGAUAUCGACAGCAGUGGGGAAAUAGUAUAUGCGAUGUGAUCAGUUCCAAAGCUUUUCCCUAUGGGAUUUUGAGGUUAUACAGGAUGAUGCAGAUCUCGGGUCUUACCAGUUUGAUCCACGUUGUUUAUCGGGUAAGAACCCGUGUUUCGUGCUUAUGCCUUUGUUAGCACUUUCUCAUGUGCUCUUUGUUUCUGUUCCGCCCCAUCUGUAUGGUGGUGUAUGCAUCGUUAUGUACUGUAUCCAGUCUAAAUUAGAAGAAUAUGUAGCAAAUGUACUCAAAUGACUUUCUCUUUGCAUAUACUCCCGUCUUUGUUAUAUAUCUGAUGAAUUUGACGACGGUUGAAUACCAGUCUUCAUGGUUAAGCUGCA